UUGCAGCAUUGCUGCUCAGCAUUGUCUUCCUCAUUCUGGUUUACGAGCUGUUUAUCAUGGACAAGGUGAGUCCUGACUUUUUACCUUUUCAGUUCCUAAGCCAAAGAAUAAACUGGAGAAAAUCACCGGUUGUGUCCCCUGAAACAAACGUGUCUCUGCCGACGGUAAACUUCUUUCUGGACAACACCACGCUCUUUGCGACGCUUAACGUUGUCCCGCACAACAACUUCAACAUCCUGACUGCACUGACCAGUACAUCGUCGUCCACCGGUCAUCCUGUCACAACUCCUACUAAAGGUCACGUGUCGCACAGCUCCUACACCUUCCCAGGUGGCACAAAUAAAACUGGAGUCACUGUACCGUCGGACCCGCUCAUCGCAACCAAAGUGUUGUGUAUCAGUUUCAAAGGCCGACUAGGAAACCAACUCUUUCAGUACGCAUCCGUUUUGGGCAUAGCUCUAAAGACGAAGCGGAUACCUGUUUAUUUGGGGAAGACUCUUCUGUCGGAUGUGUUAAGAAACACUUCACUGAUUGACACUUCUUCUCGCUACGCAGAUCGGUGUAAGAACUUCUUUCUGAAGGAAGAAGGUAGUUGUAAGUUUUUCCCGAAGUAUUUCGAGCUGGACUCUAAGAGAGAUUACAGGAUCGGAGAGUAUCUUCAGUCCUGGCGAUAUUUCGCCCAGCACGAAGCGGAAGUACGUCACGCGUUGACGUUCAAGGACACGAUUGUGUCCCAAGCUCAUCAAACGGUCGACUAUCUAAGAAAGAAAUUCAAUCGGACGCUGACAGGUAUCCAUGUACGCAGAGGAGACUAUCUAAGGUAUUCAGAUGGUAGAUACAAGACAGCACCUGUAGAAUACCUGUUGCAUGCCAUGGACUACGUCCGAAAAAGAUUCCGUGACGUCGUUUUUGUCGUUUCUUCGGAUGACCUCGAAUGGUGUAGUCAGCAGUUUGCCAACAAAAUUGACGUCACAUUGCUGCAGCAUCAGUCAUCGCCUGCCGUUGUCAUGAUGAUUCUUGCGUCACUGGAUCACAUGAUCAUGACGGUGGGGACCUACGGGUGGUGGGCGAGUUUUUUGAACCCCGGGAUUACCGUCUACUAUCGAGACUUUGUUAAUCCGGGUAAAUAUCUAUCACGCUAUAACCCAAACGGAACGGACCACUACCGUCCGGACUGGAUUUCCUUGUCCUGACUUUAAUCAGUUGCCCACAGCGUUUAAAGGUUCACUGACAAUAAUAUUAAUAUUUUUAUAUUAUUACUGUUAUAUCAUUAUUAUCUUUAUUUAAUACUAUCGUCUUGAGUCUCGCAUAGUAACACUACAAAGUCUUAACGGGGGCAGAAAUGUGCCCCUUACCUGCUAAGUUUUAAAUUAACCCAUAUGAAGACAUUUGUUCUAAGUAUGUACUGUGAACACCCAUGUAAAUAAAACAUAAACAAAUAAUCAUUUCAGUCUCAUUGUUAAAAAUAUUUUAGGAGAAUGCAGCAAAAUGUCUUAUAUUUUUUUUCUGUACAUAUUUUCAAUUUUGUUGUGGUUUAAUUGCUGAUAGACUACUUUUUAAAAAAAUGGCAUAGCGCUCUUCAAAAAUUUAACUUAGUUUUACUUUUCCGUUUUCUUUGCCUAAAGAUACGUGAUAAUUAAAUCAUUACUAACAAUUUCUCAUUUUUUUUCUUAGAACUCUUUUCAUGUAAGUGUACCUCAAACCACAAUAUCCCUAGUCAGCUCAGAAACGUAUGUCUUUUGUCUUUGUAACCUCUAGUACAAACUUCAAAGUUUCUUUACUCGUAAGAGAUAAAGAGAACUAGACUACCCUAUAUACCAACCUUGCUG